AUGGACAUAACCCUGGAAAAGGAUGACGAGAAAAUGAAAACCCUCAAAGAAGCCCUAAAUUCAGCCCCAGAAAAAAUAGAGGCAACAUGUCGGUGGGCCAGAAGCCAGAAGCAAUCCAUACUUCACAUAAGGGGCAUGGAUGAAAUAACUACCGAGGAGGAAGUGAACACCGCUAUUAACGAAAGAAUCGGUGGAGAGGGAUCCCAUCUCGUGAAAAUAAGCAGCAUCAGGCCAGACAGAAAUAACACACAAGCCGUCACGGUCACGACGAACGAGGUUAUAGCAAAGGCACUGCUAAAAGAGCCCCUCAAAAUAGGCCUGACAAUGUGCUCUGUGGAACGGAGAAUUGAGCUAGAAAAGUGUUAUAAAUGCUGGGAGGUCGGUCAUACGGCAAUUAAAUGCAACGGCACAGAUAGGACAAAUCAAUGCCACAGAUGUGAAAAGGAGGGCCAUAAAAGCAAGGAAUGCUCAAAUGAGGAGAAAUGUCCAAUUUGCAAUGUGACCGGCCACAGGGCUGCAACUAGCAAAUGUCCUCAGUACAGGAGAGCACUUGGGAGAGCCAAAAGAGAAGGACCUACCGCAAACAGUCUUCGCUAG